CGUCGCCAUAUUGGUAUUGUCAAAAAGUUCGGGAUCCAUCGGUGUGUAAGAAAAAAUGGUUUUUCGUUUCGUACAUAGAGUAUUUGUACUGUUUAUGUGUUCCAAUUGAUUGCGCUGUGACUUUAGAUGUUUCGUUCAGUACGUCCGGUGUUCGAAACAGUUUGUGGAUAAUGUUUUCGAUAGGCAAAUGUGCGGUGAGGAGCGGCGAGGAAGAGUCGCCCGGUGGUGCGAAGGUUGCUUCUGACGAGGUUGCAUCCGCGGUGGCUGCAGUCUCCGACGAGAUUGGUGACAUCUUGAAGGAUGAGUUGGGUGACGCGGAUCGCGCGGAUAGAAUCGGCGCAGAGCUGGCGGACCUGAGUGCCGAGCUGGGUCUCCUCGCUGGCUUGGCAGACGAGCCUUCCCAAGACUUUCCAUCCCUGUUUGAAAUCGCAAUCGGCCACCGCGCGUCGGGUAGCAACUCUUCGUCGUCGUCGUGGUCAGGGGGCAGAGGCAGCAGGGGGCGCCGCCCCCCGCGUCCCCCGCGCCCUCCCCGCGCACCCCGCCGCCGGCCCAUCGCCAAGGGGAAAGAGAUGUCGCGUCGCCGCAGCGCAGUGGCUCGUCGCGCGGCGUCUAUACGCGUGCGUCGCGUCGAGGUCGCGUCCGACGCGUCCGACGUCGGCGCCGACUCGGACUCGGACGACCAGUGGACUGAGUUGGAUGACAACUCUGGCAGUACGGACAGUUCGUCCGGCAAGGAAGUCAGUGGCUUAGAGAUUGACUGCCCACCGUACCAACAUAAGGGAUCUCAAGUGGAGGCACCCCCCAUGGGCCAGUUUCUGCUGCCGCUCUUGAGCGCGGACCCCACUGCUCCUGACCCUGAGCACUUCCUCAUCAGGCACGAGGAUAUCCUGCAGCUGCUGGCAUCUGCCGAGGACAGCAUGCGGGACGAGCCUCUGGACGACGAGGUGGUUGUCACCGGCUUGGAUCCCACUUCUGAUGUGCUUAACAAUGAGAUGUUUGAGUGUGAAGAGCCAGUCGUGACUCCAGAGGACGAGGCUGCUUUGCUGCGAUAUGUCUGUGCGGAGCACCCGGGCGGCGCGGCGACCCCCUUCAAGCCGGUGGAGGAGUGGCUGCUCGGAGUGUACCACUCGUGGUGCGAGAUCAGCGCCCUCAUGUACACUCUCAUCGGCACCAACAUGAGUGCGGAAAUGGUCAAGUCCGAGUGGUCGUAUCGCGCUCGCUUCGGCUGCCACUGCAGGUUGUGCCUCUCGCUCGCGAACAACUCGUCCGCUCUGCACAGCUUCCUCGCCGCCGUAGUGGUCGACCUGGCGCACGGUGGUGACACCACAGCGUCCAUCGGUGCGAAGAUAGUCCAAGCUCUCCGUCUGGUGCGGGGCGUGCAGAGUCAGCCCAGCGACUGGGACACGGCCAGUCUGCAGCGGCUCAAAGUGUGCGAUGAUGGCGCGUCAGUAAUUCACGAACACCUGAGUAGGUUGUCGCGCGAGAACGAGACAGCGAACGAGAUCGUCAACAACAUCUGUCUCUGUCGCACCUACGACCGCCCAUUUGAGAAAAUGUAUGCAAUGGAGAGGUUCUGUAAGUUAAUCGAAAACUUCAAGACUGCAUCUAGCAUUACGUUUAAGGUGGAGAUGGUCCCAGGCACGGGCGGCGCGGCGCCAACGGAGUUCGAGGCGGCGUGGAGCGAGGCGGUUCGGUCGCGCCUAGCGCGCUGCCUCGCUCCUCACCAGCGGCGCUCCACCAGCGAGAGGCUCGCGCACAUGGCCGCCAGGACUGCGCCCCACGACUUGAGCGCGUGGUCGGGCUACAAGCACCGCUGCGAUUGCCUCACUCCGCGCACGCUGUGUGCUCAGCAGAGGAAGCAGCUGCUUAGGAUCUCCUUCUUCGGCAUGAUGCAAGCGGUAAACGAAUUUAACGGUACCAAAGCGGACGCCGAAAAGCCCUCAAUAGACAUGAAGCCUGAUAAUUCUGGGAGAGAGCUACAGCAGGGGGACGGGACGGGGGCCAAACCACCGGACAACUGUGAAGACAGGCCGUCCCUCACCAAGUCCAGCUCCCCUGCCGACCUCAGCGAUUCGAAUAUCACCGGUGACCUGGAUGACCUAUCAGAUUCCGACGAAAACUCCGGCACAGCUUCCCUUGGUCUGUCGACCUCGUCUUCCUUGGAUUCAGCGUCAGAACUGCUCCUGGCUGCGGCCGCCGCGGUGGAGUCAGGGGGUUCCUCGGGGGAGGGAGGGGGUCAGCUCUGCAGGACGGUACGCCAGCUGAUGAGGUCCAUAGCGUCCAUCGAGAGGCUGAUGGACAGGGUGCUGCAGCACUGCGACCAGUGGACUGACCACGAGGCUAGGAAACGCGUCCACGUGGGUCUGUCGGAAGUGGACAGGAAACUGAUGGCGAUGUACCGGCGCCUGCCCGACGUGCACCGCCGCCAGUUGCAGCUGUACCGAAAGCAGAAACGACUGUCUACGGUGUGCACGCAGUUAGUGGGGGGCAGAGCGCCCGCGCCCCCCCCGCCCGGCUCCCCGCCGCCCGCGCCCGCGCACACCCCCUGCCGACCGCUGUGCCCCGAGUACCAUCUGCAGCGAUUCAAAGAGGUUCGUCGCAAAGUGAUGCAUAUGAGAGACCAGCAGUUGUACUACCAUCGACUCAGGAUGUGGCUGGAGGAUCAGCUGAGGCAAGAGAGGGAGAGUCUUCCAGAGAGUAACGUAACACUAAUAGAAGAUCUACCGAGACGCAAACGUCGUACCGCGAGCCCCAAAAACACUAAAAUAUCCACCGCGCCCAAAAGGAAACUGAAACCCGUGAACAUGUCCCAAACUAUUAGCAAACCGUACAAAAUCCUCCAAAUGCUUAGACAUAAAGCGCCCAUACCAAACAAUAUUAACAUCAAAUCACCAUACAAAGAAAUAGACGACGAACCUAGUGUUAAAUCUGAAGCAGAACCACCAGAAGCGUUCCCGUUAGAAAAGGAAGAUAAUAUAAGCGAUACAGAAACUAUAGUCGGUGAGAAAGAUACAGGUGAUAUAUGUAAGGAAAUGCGCGAAUGUCUUGCCAAGUUUGCGAAUUUUGCUCUAAACAGUCCCGAUAAUUUGAAGGAAGACGUCAAGGAAUAUGAAGAACCCGUAUCAAAAUAUCCCGAAUCGGUCAGUCCGCCUUUACAAGAAAUGUCGCCAACAACCUCCGAACCGAUGCCAGUUUACAAUCAGAACACUCGUAGAAUUUUAACUGUCAACAAAAUUUUCAAUAAAGAGGAAAAAGUGAUAGAAUUCCAACCGCAAGCCAGUGAUAAUAAUGCACCUUUAAAUAAUAUUAAUAGUAAAGAAACGAGUGAGAUAGACAAAGAAGAUAGUGAAGAAAAGGACGGCGAUGUUUAUAAAUAUGUAACGUUUGGGCUAAAAAUCAAACAGGCAAUGGAAGAGUGUCAGAACAUAAUCAAUUCUUACAACAGUGUAGGUAAAGACGAUAAACAGAAAGACGAAGCCGACGAACCGCCAUCUUUAGAGCAAAUAAUAGAGGUCAUGAUGAAUUUAGACAAGAGUUCCGCUGAGAUGCUAGAGAAAAUGGACUCCGACGAUCCAAUAGAUAUGAACUUAGCGAUAAACAAGCUUUCGGAUUUAGUUGAAAACAUGCCUCAAACAUUAGCGAACAUGCCUGAGAUCGCUUCCAAACUAUCCGAAUUCGCAAACGCUAGUUUCGAAUUGCCAGAAUUCGCGUCUAUAAUGAACAGUUUGCCCGAUGUGAAUAACGAAGCUCAAUUGACUCCGGAGACAUUGAAACAGAUCCGCGAACUGAAACUUUCUAAGCGUGAUAGCGUUAAAGUAACUAAAAACACUGCCAAGCGUAAAAUUAACCGUAGGAUUAAGAGUAAUGAUAGUAUAGAUUUAACUAGUUUCGACUUUGAAUUCGAUGGUAAGGAUAUAUCAGAGCUAUUGAGGGAUGAAAAGGAAUUGCAGAAUCUAAUGAAAAACAAGAACAACAAGGAGGACUUGAAAGACUUACUAUUUUCUAUAUCCGCUCAAGUAGUUAUUAAUAAAGUUUUCGAAUACGUUAAACAGAAUAAAAGUCCAGAGUUAGCGAAGUGUUUGGAAGAGGAGAAAGAGCUGUUUUCUCUGCCGCGCAAUAAUAUAAACACCGAAGUGUAUUCAACGCUCUUCGAUAAUUCUGUUAAAGAUGUACUCAGUAUGGAAGAGUUGAGGGAGCUGGUUCAGUCUAGAUUCAAUUCGUGGAAAUAUUACGUAGCGAGCAAAUUCAAAGGUAUACCCAUCGAAUUGUUAGAUAACGAAAUAGAAACCAUGUUAGAUAAAUUCUACUCGUACAUACAAGACUUAGCCUCCAAACAGUGUACUAAUGAAAGUGAUAAAAUAAUAGAAAAGAUUGACGAAUUGCGAAAGAAUAGCGACUGUAGGGAUUCCGACAGCGAGGGUUGCCCUGCUUCUAAAGAAACGUUAAAACAAAUAACAAAGUUACUCAGUACUUUUGCUGGCAACACUUUAGAUUUACUCAUAAUGAAACUGUCGAAUUUGUCGGAUGAUAAAAAAGCGGCAGUCAAAAGUCUCAAAUUUAAAUAUAUGGACGUAAUACGACGGUGUACGGAAUCCACGCAACUCGCUGGUUGGAUACUGUUGGAGCCUGAAGUAGCCACGAACGUCAUCCAAGAGUUGACUGGUCUAGAAGUUAGAAAAAUAGACAACGUUCCAGACUUUUCCACUUAUACAGAUGAGAGAAGGAGAGAGCACUUUAUGAAUCGUCUGAGAGAGAUGAAUAGGCAAUAUAUUGAAACGUUGCCCAAAAAAGGGUUGACAGGCGACGAGUGGUUAGUAAUUUUGUACCGUUUGGAACAACUAGAGGAUAAGUUAAAAGAGGCAUUCAUUAAAGCGGCGCCCGCGCCCAAAGUGGUACAACCGCAAGCGGCGAGCGAAGCGGAAAUAUUAGCAGCUAAGGGUUUAAGUAAGAUAAUCGGCAAAGCCAACGUUAGGAUAGUUAAAAAGACAAACCAGGAACCACCGAAACCGAAAAAGGAAACUCCUGAAGAGACACCACAAAACAAUGAGAAAGAUGAGAAAAAGGCGAAAAACGACGCGCUUUUAGCGAAAUGCGAAGCAAUACUAACAUCGAAAGGUGAAAAGACUUUACUUGAUAGUUUUUAUACAAUAAAAUCCUAUAUAACCCAAGGUCUCCAAGUCCCCGAGACUUAUAAAAAGCAUGUCAUAUCAAUUUGCUCGAGCAUAGACGCCAAAUUGCUAGACGAAGACAUAGAAGAGACUCUGAAACUCAAAUUGGACGAAACGGAACAAGAUCCGGAGAACAAAGACAAGACACCGUUGUCUGUAAUCGGAUCUCAAAAUCCGGAACUACUAGCCAAAUAUUCGGCGCAAGCGUUACGGAAUGCCAAGCAGACGUUGAACGCGGUAGCUUUCCGGAACAUGACGAGGAACGGACAGACAAAAUCGGAAAGUGAUGUGUGUGAUACGCCCAAAACAAAUUGCAAAUGGACGAACGAUUGUGUGUGUGACUCGUGCAAGGACUCCGACGUGUCCUCUGUGUGUCUUGGUGAUAUAGUGAAGCAGUGUUACGAUGAUAAAUCUAAGAACGGUCUAGAAGAGAAGAAGAAGGAGGUGAAGAAGGUGCCGCCUAAGCCGAAGCCAGCGCCGAAGCCGUGUGAGAACGCCAGCCACCAACAGCACGUUUGUAAGGUGGCCCACGGUGGAGUGUGUUCCGGGGAAGGCGCCACGGACCAACCCUGCAAUUGCUGCUAUUGCACCGUUUUUGGACAUGCCCCACCACUAACGACUCCAGUGCCGCGAAACUUCAACGAGACGAGAGAAAGGUUACGUUCAAUACUGAACAAGAAGAAACAGAAGUGCAAAGCGACCAAUGGCGAGGCGGAAUCCCCGGUGGAGCGUUCGACCCCUCAGCCGCAAGCUCCCGUGCCGCCAGCGCUGCCGAAGACCCUCCCACCGAACCUGACGACGCAAGCGCAGCAGAAGCGGCAGGCCAUGGAGAAUCAACAGAAGCAGCUGGCGGAGAAGAUGGCCAGGAUGGUCGUCACCGAGAAACCGGAAAUCAAACCCAAGGCUGUACAGCGGUCCGUCCCAGUGCAGACCACCCCCCCGGUGGUGAAGGCGGAGGGGAAGGUCAACCCCAACGCCAUGGAACAGAUACGAUUGCAGCAACUAAAACAACAGCAACAAGCGCAACUCCAACAACAGCAACUGCUACAGCAACAACAGGCGCAACAACAACAACAGGCACAACAACAACUGAAACAGACGCCGCAACAACAGCAGCAGAUGAACGCGCAACAACAAAAGAAACCCGAACCGAUAUACGACCUGCCGAUACACAACAAGCCGACUCUAACGCCACAACAACAACAACAGAUCAGAUUGCAACAGCAACAACACCACGACGAAAUGGUACGCCAGAACCAGAUGCACGUGCAACAACAGAUACAAAUGCAACAGAAGCAACUGCAACAACACGAGAUGCAACAACAGAUGCAACACCAACAACUGGAGCAACAGAUACGACAGAGCCGGCAACAACAGCAGCAGAACAACGCGGUGUCACUGUCGAGUAGAGACACUAGUGUCUUUUCUUUCUCAUCUGGAUGUUCGGGCGGGUCGUGCUGGCGCGGGCGCGGCGGCUGCCCGGCGCGCGCCGAGGACCCGCGCGACCUGGACGCGCUGCUGCAGUACAUCGAGGGACCGGCGCGGCACGUGGACCGCGGCAAGAAGCGCGCCAAGAAGCUGCGCCAAAAGGCCAAGCGGAUGGAGUCCCGACUGUACGAGCAGUUGGACGAGCUGCGCGGCGAGCUGUCGUCCGCGCAGGCGACCAUGUCGGCGCUGCAGAAGGUGCACGCGGCCGCCUCGCGGGACCUCGAGCUGGCGCGGCACAUGCUCGCGGCGCAGCGCCCCAAGAAGAAAGGUACCCCCGCCCGCACCCCCCUGUCACACCCCGCACCCCUGCACUGCGCGGCCAGCUGUCGUCCGCGCAGGCGACCAUGUCGGCGUUGCAGAAGGUGCACGCGGCCGCCUCGCGGGACCUCGAGCUGGCGCGGCACAUGCUCGCGGCGCAGCGCCCCAAUAAGAAAGGUACCCCCGCCCGCGCACCCCCCUGUCACACCCCGCACCCCUGCACUGCGCGGCCAGCUGUCGUCCGCGCAGGCGACCAUGUCGGCGUUGCAGAAGGUGCACGCGGCCGCCUCGCGGGACCUCGAGCUGGCGCGGCACAUGCUCGCGGCGCAGCGCCCCAAGAAGAAAGCACUGCGCGGCCAGCUGUCGUCCGCGCAGGCGACCAUGUCGGCGCUGCAGAAGGUGCACGCGGCCGCCUCGCGGGACCUCGAGCUGGCGCGGCACAUGCUCGCGGCGCAGCGCCCCAAGAAGAAAGGAAAAAAGCAAAAACUGAACCCGUCACAACAAGCCAAAGCGCAGCUAGUCGCGGAACAGCUGAGCGAGUGCACAACACUAGUGAACACAACAGCUAAGGAACUGCACGCAGCCGAGCGGAGCGUAGCGGAGUGGAGCAAACGGUUGGAGGAGUGCGAGAGAGAGAUAUCCGAAGCGAGGACCUUGCAGGGCAAGAACGAGGCAGAGGACCUGGAGUGUCAGAGCAAGGAAGCAUCGCUGAGUCAGCAGAUGGUGUACGAACAGCAACAAGCGGCGCUGAGGCGACGGCGCGCCGCACUGGACGCGGAACGCAACAAGCAGAUGAGGGAGGGUCAGGAGGGCGUGCGGGAGGAGCCCGUGACGCUGUCCUUCCGCGGCACCGACUUCAACCCGGCGCUGCUGGCCAACUUCAUGGACGACUUCAAUGUGCAAAUCAUCGAACAACCGUCGCCGCAGAAGCAGACGGACAACCAGAAGAAGCAAACCUGGGAGCAGGCAAUAGCUCACAUCAACCAGCUGGCCAAAGGAUCCGCCAAGGAGAAGAAGAAACCGAAAGAAUCGCAGAAGAAGGCUGAAGUAAAGAAGGAGAAGGUAGUCGUGGAACCACCAGUAGAAGAACAGCCAUUGUCAAAGAAGCAAAGGAAACUAUUAGCGAAGCAACAGGCAGAAGAAGAAGAGAGAAGAAAAGAACAGCAACAACAGCAGGAGGCGAAGAGUAGAAAGGACAAGAAACAAGAGCCAUUGCAAACGGAGAACACGAAAAAAGACAAGAAAGAAUUAAAAAAAGAAAAGAAGGAGCUUAAGAAAGAGGAAAAGAAAGAGUUAAAGAAGGAAGAGAAGAAGGGUAAAGAGAACAAAGCGGACAAGACUGCGACAACAACGAAGACGAAAGCAACACAACAACAACAACAAACGCAACAAAACAACAAAAAGGAGUCAAAGAAAAAGGACAACAGUGCCCAAAAACCUCAAGUCAUAAACAUCACAGCUGACACCACCAUAGAAAUUGUUAACAAAAAGAAUCAAAGCACAGUUGAGCCGGAUAAGCCAGGAUCCUGCAGCAUCAUGGAACAGCUUAGCUGCGGCGUCCAGGUGGCAGAUUUGCGUCUCCCCCCCGGCAUCACCCUGACCCGCGUCCAACCCAGCGAGAAGAAAGAACCAGCCACCAUCAAAUCUGUGCCCCUUUGGAAGCACAGCCAGCUGGAGGCGACGCCGACGCCGGUGCCGCGCGCGCCGCCCGUCAUCAACGCCGACCCCUCGCUCAUGAUGUUCUCCACGCACAAGCACAACGAAUCUCCAAAAACCACCAUAGUACCGGAAGUGCAACCCCAAACGGCGGGCAAAUCCAAAAAGGCGAAGAAAAAAGCCAAAAAAGCCGCCGAAACGGAGCAGAAACAGGAGGGAGCCAAGAUGGUCACUCUCCGCAACCCCAUGUUCCACCCAAACCUACCCCCGGUGCAAAUAACCAGCGCGCCACCGCAGAAAAAGUCCGAGAUUCGAAUCCCCGACCCGAUUCCCAUGCCUCCAGCGCCGUGCCAGGCCACCAUAACCCCGACAUCCAAUGGAAUGUACACCAUAAGGAACCCAUUGAUGUCGAUGAUGCACCAACAGAACCUCAUGGGUAUACGGAACCAGACACCCCAAAUCAACCCCGUGUACACCCAACCCCAAUACAACUACACCAACCCCAACGUCUACAACCCACAGUACAUGCAGGAGCAGAACCCGAAGAACCCAGACGUAGAUCUCCAGAACAGAAUAAUGAAUUUGGCUUCGUUCACCCAGAAAACCGACGAAGGGAGGGACUACUCGUUAUUCAAAACCCCGGAAGAGAAUCAGCAAAAGAGUUUCCUGUCCCCAGAGUUUUACGACCAGAAUGCACCAAACCCAAAAGUGGUGUCACCCAAUCCGAUUGGCACUCGACCCGAGUCGCACAGGAGUUAUGAGAACGACUCCCUUUUUGCCAACCCCAUACGACCCGAACCGAUUGGCACUCCGUUGAAGAUAGAAGAAGAGAGGCUGUACACUCCGUUUGGGCAAGAGAAUAGGAACGUCUUCCGGAACGCUUUGUUCAACGAUAAGCCGGAUAUGGGUCAAAAUUCGGGGAAAAUGGAAGAUAACCAUAAUUUUAUGCCGAAUGGGGACCAGCUGCCAUAUUUCCAACGGCUGAGAGCAGGCUCCAAGUUGAAUAGCGAGGUCACUAUACACUAUGUGACGGAUUCCAAGUUUUAUAAAGGACAGCAGCAGGAAGCUCAGCCGUGCCCGACGGACACGUCGCUGUUCUCGCGCGCGCACGCGCACACGCACAGCUGGCCGGACGCGCACGCGCACGCGCAGAAGCACGGCGGCGGGGAGUUCGCGCCCUACUGACUGACAGAAUGUGACACGAACCUCGGCCGAUCUGCAUCACCAGACAGCGCGUUGCGGAUCUAGACAUGAAUAUAUAUAAUUAAUUUCCAAUCAACUCCAUUGACAUGUAAAAAAUAUGAAACAAUUAGCAGGGCGUGUAUUGUGGCUAUAAUGGCUUAAAUCUCUUUAUACUUGAUACAAUAUUGGCAUUUUUACGCAAUAUUGCCAUUUUUUGAAACCGCCACUUGCUAAUGUGCCGAAACACAGCACAUUAGCAAGUGACGUCAUUCAUAGAGAAAACAGCGUGAUUGGCGUUUGCAGUGAUGUGAUUAUAUCACGUCACCGCAAGCGCCAAUCACAAACCGAUGCCUUGUAGCGAAUGACGUCACAGUCUACGAUUGGCGUUUGCGGUGACGUGAUAAAAAUACAAUUUUGUUUUAUAAAAAUAUUACAAUUACGAGAUUAUUUUCACAAAUAAAAAUGUGAUUACAGUUUCUAGGCAUGUUAACUGUCUCUAUGCAAAAAUCUUCUUAGUUUUGUACAGCAGGCGAGCAGCCCAUUCGUUCAGUACUAAUUUUGACGCAUUAUGCCUAAACCAAAAGUGUUAUACCCUCUUGCUAGUUGUUUCGUCUAAUUUCCACAUGUAUUUGUUAUUGCGAUCCGGCUCGAAGGACCGAAAUGAUCAUGCGCUAGUUAUAAAUUGUCUCAAUUUGAUUUUUGUUUUUGAAAAGUGAAUUAACGACAGCUUUUUUAACAUGUUAAUAGUUUAUUUUUUUUUUGUUUUUCGUAUUUUUUGAUUAGGCCUGCAUAGAACAGGCUAAGAGCGGUCUAUUAUACAGUAUAUCCAAUUCAUCUAAGGCUAGUUUUUUGCCUUCAAUCAUUUUCAUCAUUAUAAUAUAAAAUGAUGAUUCAUCUAAACGUUGAGUUUAUUUUUUUAGUUUUUAACCGACUUCAAAAUGGGAGGAGGUUCUCACAAUUCAACGCGUAUGUUUUUUUCCAUGUUUGGUACCUCAUAACUUUGUCAUUUAUGAACCAAUUUUGAAAAUCAUUAUAUUGUUUUGUAAGAGUAUACUUCCAGAUAUGUCCUAUUUAAUUUUCAUGAAAAUUCAAUUUUUUAAUGUUAUUAUUCACUAUUAAGGUUAAUAAAAGAUAUUUAAAAUUUUGUUGCCAGUUCGAAGUUACAUCUUGUCACAAACGCAGUCUCUAGAGUGGCUGGACUUUAAAUGCGUACACAGAUAACUUCCAGAUAACAGGUGACCACAGAUCAAGUCACGUAUUGACUACUUAAUAAGCACCACACAAAUAUGAACAAUGUUGUGCUAAACCUAAACAAGACUAUUUACACAAAAAUGACACUAAAAACAUGGAUUUAUGACGUCACAGUGAUGAUUACCACUGCAUAUUAUUGAUUGAAAUAUUUUGAAAAAAUGUAUGGGGUCCACACACACUUGUCCGUGGAAUGAUUGCAAUAAAUCGACUCGCUUCGCUUGCGUCUACGUAGCUGAUAAAAUUAAUAACACCAACAUUUUAUAAUAAUUUAAAACACUUAGAUGUGCAAGGAUUUCUUGUAGUAUUAUAUUUAGGGUCUUUGAACUUAAUAAAGAAUUCUUUUUGAGUUUAAUUACUGGUAAUAUUUUGUGUGGUCAAUAUUAACAUAAUAUGUGACAUCUGUAUGAUCAAUUAAAUGCUGAAUUUAAUAUAAUAGUCCCAAUAUGGAUAGCAUUGGCGAGAAUCAUAUCAUACCAACAAUUUAGCUAAAUAAAAUUGUCUGUUUAUCACAUUAAUGAUAUAGGUUACCGUUUAUAUGAAUCCAUUUGGCUGGAAUUUGUAAUUGAAAUAGAUUAACCCUGUUUUACCACAUAGGCUAAUCCAGAAAAUUUCUAAAUAAAGAAUACUGAAUUCGAAAAUCUAGUUACUAACUUUGCCCUGCGGUUACACUUGCGUAAAAAUAUCGCGUUUACAGUAGCCUAACCUUCCACAAUUACAAUUCUACACUGAAGGAAUUUUUCUUUUUAUUAUAAAAGACUCAUUUAGACUUUCCAUAAACCUAAAUUAUUUUGUCUUGAUAACAUGUAGGAAAGUAAUAUAAUACCUAAUAUAAUGUGCGCUAGCCUUUAUAUACAUAGAGACUGAAAGCGAAUGUUAUAUAUAUAUAUGUAAAUAUUUUGGAUGUGAAUUUUGAUAGUUUUUUUUUUAUUUUUUACUGCAGCGAACAAGUGUGUGUCGACCCCCCAUUGUAUGACCGGAACGGACUUUUAAUGUUAAGCGCCACUUAUACUAAUAUAAUUGUAAUAGCAGUGAAUCUGUUCGUUUGUAUAUCACAAGGUAUCUGCUAAAGGUUGUAAGAUUUAUGAAUAAGAUAUGUAUAUUAUAGCCAG